UUGUUUGUUUGUUUGGGGAAACACACAACCAAACAAGCCCUUAUCACAAUUCUAUCUCUCACUCAGGCCCAAUUCAUAGCUACCUCUUUCUUCUCAUGCUCUCCGAUUCUCAACUUCUGAUUAUCCAACACUAGUUUUUUUCUCUUCGGCCAUUUCUUUCGUGAUUACUCGUUUGCAUAGAAAAUGAGUUCAUUGGAUGCAACUAGGGCAGAACUUGGCCUUCUUGUUUUGUAUUUGAACAAGGCUGAGGCAAGGGACAAGAUUUGCAGAGCAAUACAAUAUGGUUCGAAGUUUUUGAGUAACGGGGAACCUGGUACAGCGCAGAAUGUAGACAAAACAACCAGCUUAGCACGAAAAGUUUUUCGUCUAUUUAAGUUUGUCAAUGACCUGCAUGGUCUGAUAAGUCCAACACCACAGGGUACACCCCUCCCUCUAGUUCUGUUGGGAAAGUCCAAGAAUGCAUUGCUGUCCACUUUCUUGUUUCUUGAUCAAUUUGUGUGGCUUGGCAGAACCGGUAUCGUUGAGAACAAAGAACGCACUGAACUACUCGGCCGGAUUUCUCUCUUUUGUUGGAUGGGUUCCUCAGUGUGUACCACCUUGGUUGAGCUCGGGGAGCUAGGAAGACUCUCUGGAUCCAUGAAGAAGUUAGAGAAGGAAAUCAAGAACAGUAAUAAAUAUGACAAUGAGCAAUACCAGGCGAAGCUAAAGAAGUCGAACGAGAGGACUCUGGCACUUAUCAAAGCAGGCAUUGAUGUAGUGGUAGCUGCUGGACUACUUCAGCUGGCACCUCAGAAAAUCACUCCCCGUGUUACCGGGGCGUUUGGAUUUGCUUCGUCUCUGAUAUCUUGCUAUCAGUUGCUUCCUCCUGCUUCUGCCAAGUCAAAAACAUCAUGAGCAUGGAAGAAUAAUCUGGCUGCCAUCAUGCUUCACUGUUGUUAAAUAAAUGUAUGAAUUUGUCAGGAGAUGUUAUAAUUGGUAUGGUUUUCAUCUUAGUAGAAACAUAGUUCUGUUUGGAGUUGGUUUCAAAAACCAUUUUGUUUCUGAUUCAGUCCUUCCAACUCUUUUGAUUAUAUCAUAAAUAUAUAAGUUUAACAUCCUCUCAA